AUGGCUGAUAAAAUCAUCCGCAUUGCAUUGGUCGGCCUUUCGCCAAAUGCAGUUACAUCGUGGGCAGCGGUAGCUCAUCUUCCAUACCUUCAGUCCGCUCGAGGCAAGACUCAAUAUAAGAUUGUGGCACUACUCAACUCCAGCAAGGAGGCAGCCGAAAAGGCUCGAGCUCACUUCAAUCUCCCUUCCACGGUCAAGGCAUACGGCGACCCUGCUCUGCUCGCCGCAGACGAUGAAGUCGACCUCGUUUCAGUAGUCACCAGGGUCGACUAUCACUAUUCCGCCGCAGAGCCUUCGAUUAGGGCAGGAAAGGCUGUGUAUGUCGAAUGGCCGCUGGCUGAGAGCUUGGAGCGUGGCGUCGCUCUUCUGGGUGACAGCAAGGAACACGAAACCAGCAUCAUUGGCUUUCAAGCACGGCUCUCGCCAGUGGCUACCACGGUCAAAAAACUAUUAGCAUCUGGUAGAAUCGGAAAAGUCCUUGCCAGUCAAGUACGUGACUCCCACACCACGCCACAACUUCGAUGGCCAGAGGUUGAAGUUGUCGAUGAGGCGGGAGCGCAGCUGCGGACUGUGCGAAGCGACAUACCAGAUCUCAUCACAGUUAAUGGAGAGCUUGCUCCGGGUGCUGCAGAUAUUCAGGAGGGAGCGACCUUGUCAGUCCUUUUCAGAAGUGGUUCUCCAUUCAAGGGCGAGUUGCCCUUUGUGUGGUAUAUCCAGGGCCAAACCGGAGAAUUGAAGAUAACAAAUCCUAUCGGGCCUGUCUUGCAGGCGGCUACCAUACCUGGUAUCAAGAUUGAGCUCUAUGACUUUACCACGGAUGAGGUAACCGAAAUCCCAUGGGAAACAGAGUGGAAAGAAUGGCAACAUGAGCUGCCAACACCGGGAGGGAAGUUGGUAGGAGACAUGUAUAACCGAUAUGCUCAAUGGUUCCAACAAGCAGAUCGUACAGCUGUUCCUGAGGGAGGAGAUUGGCCAAGACUAAAGGAUGCUAUUCGCAGGCAUGAAGAGAUUGAUGGGGUUUUGAAAGACUUUGAUAGAUCUACUUGGAAUAAGCUAGCGAACUGAGGGUGGGAUUUUGUCACGAUAUCGGACUUUGAUAGGGUAGGCUUGAUGUAGCAGUAUGGUAAGCCUUUUCUCGAUUAGCAAAAUAGGCAAGCAGC